CCGCGGCCGCCGCCACCGCCGCUACCGCCUGGAGCUCCAUGGGCUUCUCCUGUGCGCCGCCUCGUGUCUGGCCGCGUCCAGGGAGCCGCGGCGCCGGGUGCCGGGAAGCCAUCGCCGCAGCCCGAGACCGGAUCCCGGGUCGGGGACUGCAGAGGGAGGCGGCGGCGGGAGCCCCACCGGGGGCCUGGGACAGGGGAACUGCCUCCGGCUUCACGAUGCCAGUAUGGACAGAAUAACUUAUGAUGCUCAACCCCGCCCACCACUUCCGAGACAUUGAACGAAAACCUGUAUACCUCCAGCCAGAGAAGUGCAUCCCACCUCCCUACCCUGGUCCUGUGGGAACCAUGUGGUUUAUCCGCGACGGCUGUGGCAUUGCCUGUGCCAUUGUCACCUGGUUUCUGGUCCUCUACGCGGAGUUCGUGGUCCUCUUUGUCAUGCUGCUUCCAUCCAGAGACUACGUGUACAGCAUCAUCAAUGGGAUCCUUUUCAACGUGCUGGCCUUCUUGGCCCUGGCUUCCCACUGCCGGGCCAUGCUGACGGACCCCGGGGCCGUGCCCAAAGGAAAUGCUACUAAAGAAUUUAUCGAGAGUUUGCAGCUGAAGCCUGGGCAGGUGGUGUACAAGUGUCCCAAAUGCUGCAGCAUCAAACCCGACCGAGCCCACCACUGCAGUGUCUGUAAGCGGUGCAUUCGCAAGAUGGACCACCACUGUCCCUGGGUCAAUAACUGUGUCGGAGAGAACAACCAGAAGUACUUCGUCCUGUUUACAAUGUACAUCGCUCUCAUUUCCUUGCACGCCCUCAUCAUGGUGGGAUUCCACUUCCUGCAUUGCUUUGAAGACGACUGGACAAAGUGCAGCUCCUUCUCGCCGCCCACCACGGUGAUCCUCCUCAUCCUCUUGUGCUUUGAGGCACUGCUCUUCCUCAUUUUCACGUCAGUGAUGUUUGGGACCCAGGUGCACUCCAUCUGUACAGAUGAGACGGGAAUAGAACAAUUGAAAAAGGAAGAGAGAAGAUGGGCUAAAAAAACAAAGUGGAUGAACAUGAAAGCUGUGUUUGGCCACCCCUUCUCCCUAGGCUGGGCCAGCCCCUUUGCCACGCCAGACCACGGGAAGGCAGACCCGUACCAGUAUGUGGUCUGAAGAACCCCGAGCCGUGCUGGCACCCAGACAGCCACAUCACAGCACUACCGUCCGACCCGCUCUCAUGAAUGUUAAAACUGAAAAGCAAAACAACUACUCUUAAAACUUUUUUUAAUGUUUCAAAAUGGCUGAGCAUUGCAGAGAAAAAAAAAAAAACUUUUUAUUUUUGAAAAAAAAAUCAUUUUGAUUUUUUUUUUCUUUUUUUGGUGAUUGAAGCUGCUCUUUUUUCCUUUUGAAAUCACUUCUCUGGCCUCUGGUUUCCUCUCUGCGUUCUGUCUGGCGUGACUAACGUGGAGGGUGCUGUCUCCUGGCCAUGCCCACUUCUACUAAUCGAGCAACCCGUGACGCUGUGUGUGGAUGGAGCGGUUCAGUUGGAGAGUAAGGGGCAGGAGCCCCCGUGGGACUUGGAACCUUACCCAGGACGGCUGCUGAGCUGCGGAGGCCUGAGCAGGACAGGUGCAGGGUGGGCAUCUUGGGAAGGGUCCCAGGACAGCGGGCCGCUCCCAUAGCCGAGGGGUCUCUCACUGCUGCCGCCUCUGCAGUGACACUCGUCUGUUUGUACUCUGUGGGCUCGGGCUGGGGACAGUGAUUUUGGGGAGGGUGGGGAGAGAAAGGCAACGGACGGGUCAUAUUGUGUCCUGUGUUGGCAUUUAUACUCCCUGUGAUGAUUGGGAAGAGGGUGAAGCAAAGAAGGUUUUCCAGUUCAAAAUGCCUUAUACAAUCAGAGGAAAAAAUGAUUUCAGGCAAGGUGCAGCUUCCUUUGUGGCAUUCACUCCCUCUCACCCCUCUCCCUCCUCACACCCCUCCUAGCCAGGUAUCAACUAAGCAGUGUUAAUUCCCAGUGAGACACACAGAAAUCCUUUCCUCAACCCCUUUUUGCUUUGUAGAUCUCUAAAAUGGGUUCACACUUGGGCGCUUCAGACCAGAGGCCCAUAGCCAUGUCUUACCUGUGCCCUGACCCGGGAGACUGUUGUCCUGCCUCAGGCUGGCCGUGACGCUGGGCCGACAUUACAGCCCCUGGCCUCUCUGAAGAAGAUGGGGACAGGAGGAGAGGAGCGUCCUGGUAUCUGGCAUCAGCAGAUGCCCUGACCCUGUGGUGCUGAGCAGCUGAAUAGCUUUUCUGCUGGAGAAGGGGGCAGUGCAGUGAGUUUCAUCUUAAAGAGUCCGUGAGCGCUGGACAGGAGGGGGCAGUGCAGAAGCCGCGGGCACCCCACCCCAGCAGUUGCAUCCAAACACUGGCCGUGUGUGAACAGACAUGUUCAGGCAGUCACACAGAGCUCCAUUUUAGCUUUUGCUUGGGGUGAGGGAAGGAGAAGUUUAUUCAGUCCAGUGCUGGGUAGGGAAACACGAUCCAGCCAUGAGAUUAUUAUUUUUUUUCCAGACAAGUCUGUGGAACAUGCUGCCUCUUUUCAAUUGUCAGUGCUUCCACAUGGAGACAAAAUGCAAUAAAACUUUUCCAAAACCUG